AUGGUCCGUCACCUCUUGCUCCCCGUUCUUGUAACAGUCCUUACGGCCCGUGAGGCUUUCGCUGCCAUUCUUGUCGGUGGUCUCUGUGCCGGAAUCGCCGGUCCAGUGAAUGACACCUGUCUUUAUGCACAAUUGUAUCGAAAGAAGGGAAAUGCCCGGAUAGGUUCAUUGAAGAAUGCGGGUUAUGUGCCACUGCAUUUGGAGGGCCAGUCAAGUCUGGGUUUCCAUAGGAUGCACUCUGCAUUGCUGGUACCACCUGCUGCUAUGUAUAUGUGGAUGUCGGCUUGUGCUUGCGACCAGAGCAGUGCAAUAAGCAGGGGUGGCCAAGGCCCUUUGCCAGUGACUACUCAGGGCGACAACUACAACAUCCCACUCAAUUUCAAUUUGAAUGUGAUCGGCCUACUAGUACGGCCCCCGUUGGAUUCUAUGGCUUCCUCUCCUCAAUGA